AUGAAACCUUUUUUUUUCUCUCCUUUUCAGAAGGAACACAUUCUAGAUGGGGACGAGAUUACACACGCAGUCACAGAGCCGUCUUUUAUUGUUUAUAUUAGUAUUGAAGCAGUUGGGUUGCUUACUUUGUUUAUUCUCUUGUACAAAAUGCAAAUUGAACAUGUUGUUGUCUACUUGUUAAUUACUGCAAUCUCAGCCUCAUUUACAGUCAUUUCAGCGAAGGCUGUAUCAAGCAUGCUUCACUUGUCAAUAUCUGGCAUUCCUCAGUUUCAAUAUUUCAUGUUCUACAUCAUGUUGGCUGUCAUGAUCAUCACAAUUGUUGUUCAGAUCAAAUACUUGAACCUUGCUAUGAAGAAUUUCAACUCUACUGUUGUCGUUCCAACCAAUUUUGUUUUCUUCACCAUAAGUGCCAUCAUUGCAGGAAUUGUUUUUUAUAAGGAAUUUUUUGGAAUGAGUGUCUUGGAAAUCUGCAUGUUUCUUUUUGGUUGUUUGUUGUCAUUUGUUGGUGUUUAUUUUGUGACCGGGGAGAAAAUUCUUGGCCAGUCAGAAGAUCCGCAACUAAUGACAGACGAGGAAGAGAAACCCAUUGCUUCUACAGUUCCAUAUGCCCACUCUGAUCCUGCAAAAGUUUGCCUGGUUAAUGGCAAACAUGCAUCAGAAUCCAGUACAGCCGAAGAGGGAACCAAAUCCGCAUUUAUCUGA